AUGUCAGACAAAAGUGACCUAAAAGCUGAGCUAGAGCGCAAGAAGCAGCGCCUAGCCCAGAUCAGGGAGGAGAAAAAAAGAAAGGAGGAGGAAAGGAAGAAGAAAGAGGCUGAGAGCCAGCAGAAGACAGAAGCUGCCCCAGAGGAUUCAGAUCUGGACCGCAAGCGCAGGGAGACCGAGGCCCUGCUACAGAGCAUUGGCAUCUCCCCCGAGCCCCCACUAGUCCCGACCCCAAUGUCCCCCUCCAAAUCAGUGAGCACGCCCAGCGAGACGGGGAGCCAGGACUCAGCCGACGGUGGAGCGGUGGGCAGGACACUGCAGUGGGACACUGACCCCUCUGUGCUUCAGCUGCAGGCCGACUCUGAGCUUGGGCGUAGGAUGCACAGGCUGGGAGCCUCAAAGAUCACCCAGGUAGACUUCCUCCCCAGAGAGCUGGUCUCUUACAGCAAGGAGACCCAGACGCCGCUCACGGCACACCUGUCUGAAGCAGAGGAGGAGGAGGAAGAUGAGGAAAUGGCGGAGGUGAAACAAGGCCGGAAGAGAGAGAGAGAGAGAGGAGAGAGAGAGAGAGAGACAGAGAGAGCAGUGCUGCGGGAGCUGACGGAGGAGGAGCGGCAGCAGAUCCUGCACUCCUCCGAGUUUCAGAGCUUCUUCGACUGCAGCAUCCGGGUGAUGGAGCGCGCCUUGGCCGAGGACGGCGACAUCUUCUUCGACUACAGCGGCCGCGACCUGGAGGACAAGGAAGGUAUUCUUCAGGGCGGAUCAAGUCUGUCCUUUAGCAGGUUGUUCUAUGAUGAACACUGGUCCAAACACCGCGUUAUCACCUGCCUCGACUGGUCCCCUCAGUACCCGGAGUUGCUGGUUGCCUCUUAUAACAAUAAUGAAGAUGCUCCUCAUGAGCCAGACGGCGUCGCCCUGGUGUGGAACAUCAAGUUUAAGAAGACCACGCCAGAGUACAUCUUUCACUGCCAGUCUCCAGUUGUGUCGGUGGGUUUUGCCAGAUUUCAUCCCAACCUGGUGGUGGGCGGCACCUACUCGGGGCAGAUUGUCCUGUGGGACAACCGCAGUCACCGCCGGACCCCCGUCCAGAGGACCCCCCUGUCCGCCGCCGCACACACUCACCCGGUAUACUGCGUGAACGUGGUGGGCACCCAGAAUGCCAACAACCUGAUCACCGUCUCCACAGACGGGCGGAUGUGUUCCUGGAGUCUGGAUAUGCUCUCCCAGCCGCAGGAGAGCAUGGAGCUGGUUUACAACAAAUCCAAACCGGUGGCAGUGACAGGCAUGGCCUUCCCCACGGGGGACGUCAAUAACUACGUGGUGGGGAGUGAGGAGGGCACUGUGUACACGGCAUCCAGACAUGGCAGUAAGGCGGGUAUCUGUGAGAUGUUCGAGGGCCACCAGGGACCGGUGACGGGCAUCAGCUGUCACAGCGCUGUGGGCCCCGUCGACUUCUCCCACCUCUUCAUCACCUCCUCCUUCGACUGGACUGUCAAACUCUGGAGCACCAAGCACAACAAGCCUCUGUACUCCUUUGAGGACAACGCUGACUAUGUCUAUGAUGUCAUGUGGUCCCCUGUGCACCCUGCACUCUUUGCUGCCGUGGACGGCAUGGGACGCCUGGAUCUGUGGAACCUAAACAACGAUACUGAGGUGCCUACUGCAAGUGUGACCAUUGAGGGGGCGUCGGCCCUUAACAGGGUCCGCUGGUCGUCGGGGGGGAAGGAGGUGGCCGUGGGUGACUCGGAGGGUCGUGUCUGGAUCUACGAUGCUGGAGAGUUGUCGGUGCCCCACAGCGAUGACUGGGGCCGCUUCGCCCGCACGCUUAUGGAGUUCCGCGCUAACCGGCCGGACGGUGAGGAGGAGGGGCCUGUGGAGCUGGCUUCAUAGGAUUGUCCAGACCACCAUCUGAAGGGGGUAUAUCACUGUGGGGUCGUGCCCAGUCAGUGGCCUGACACUCUUUAAUUGCUGUUACUGUAGCAUGAUGUUCUCAACCUCCCUCAGUUUAAAUUCUCUUUUUCCCCCCACUAUGUACUUAAACAGUCUUGUCCCGACAAGGACAUGCUUUCCUUUACUGUACUUUUGCAUUUACUAUCCUGUACAUGCAACCCUUUGGUUAAUGGCCAAACUGUUGACUUCCUCAUAAUCGUCCACUUUUAUUUAUUUGCUCAGUUACAUGAGGUGAUGUGUUGCUUGACACUUGUGAGCCAGUAUGAAACGUGGCAGUCUUAUUGCCUUAUGAUGCUGUGUACUGUAACAUUGCAUUGCACUACCACUAAAAAAGGCAGGGUCCAUAGUAUAGCACUGUUCUGUUUACACUAAGUCAUGUUCUGUUGGUUUUGUGCAGUUUUUUUUUCUGUAUUAUGCCUGCAUGCAACACGUUUAUGGAAAUUACAUGAAAUCAAUAUGGCAACAUUAUACAUAGUGGAGCUUGAUAUCAACAUUAAAAGGCCAUUCGCUGUCACAAAUGAAAUCAAAUGGAAGAGUCUAGCACUUUGUUUAAUGUUUUCAGGCUUAGAAAGCUACUUCUGUAUAUUAUUUCAUGAACUGUAAUGAAUAAGAUGUAAACUGUAAUACAAAGUGCUUGAUGUUUAACUUGCUAUGUUCACCAUUAAAG